CGACGCGUUUGUCUUUUAAUGAGGGACAACGUUCGAGGGCAAAGCUUUCUUUCAUUCUUAGUACUAUCUUAGUACUAUGUGGUAUUUAUGCUUCAGCCAGGCUUAUGCUUAGUCCUUUGGUAGGCAUUCUUUCUCCAUGCACUCUCCAGUCGCGCCGGCGCUACUAUGUUUAAGUCGCCAUGGACGUUUUCCGCGUGCGGCUGAAUUGCAUAGACCAUUAUCAAGCUAUCCCUACCAAAUAUGACCCUCAACUUCGCAAUGAUAUUCACCCGUCCCAAUUGAGUAAGGAGCCCAGGGUUCCAGUCAUCAGGGUAUUCGGAUCGACAGAAACAGGCCAGAAGGUAUGCGCUCAUAUCCAUGGUGCCUUCCCGUACCUGUAUAUCGAGUAUGACGGGAGUUUGCUCCCCGACGAUGUGGGUGCUUACAUAUAUCGGCUUCAUCUAUCCAUCGACCAUGCCCUGGCUGUAAGCUACCGUCGCAAUGCCUACGACGGCAAGAGCAAGUAUGUGGCGAGGAUUACUCUUGUCAAGGGGAUACCAUUUUACGGGUUUCACGUCGGCUACCGCUUCUAUCUCAAAAUUUACAUGCUUAACCCUUUAGUCAUGACUCGGCUUGCCGAAUUAUUUCAACAGGGCGUCAUCAUGAAGCGGAAAUUCCAACCUUAUGAGGUCCAUCUACAAUACUUACUGCAGUUCAUGACUGAUUACAACCUUUACGGAUGCGGGUACAUCGAAACCCAGAAGGUCUUCUUCAGAGCUCCAGUGCCUAAUUACGAAGACGGCUUAGAACUACCUCACAUAUGGCACAGUCAAUCAGUAUCGAGGACCUUCAUCACGGACGAUGCGGAUCUUCCUCGCGCUAGUCAUUGUUCUAUUGAAGUGGAUAUAUGUGUUCAAGAUAUCCUUAAUCGACAUGAGAUUAAGGAGAGGCAGCUUCAUCACGACUUCGUUGAAAGGAAACAUCCUUUAUCCUCCGAUAUGAAACUAGUUCACAGUAUGGCUGGCCUGUGGAAAGACGAGACGAAACGCCGGAAAAGAAGGAUGUUAGGUCGAACACCAGGAAGUAGCCCGUUCUCUCCAGAAGAACUAGUAUCUAUGUCUGCGGAUCCACGUCAUUCGCAACCUCCUGGAUGGAUACAUGAGGAAGAGUACAGGGACCAGAUCCAGGGGUUGAUCAGGCAGGAACAGGAUCAAAGAGACGGCAGUAAGAUCAAUUUCGAUUCUUUUGUAUCGAUCCUACCUUUGGAAGCGACUGUGAAAACUACUUUGCAAUCGGUCGAAGACCUCUAUCCUGGAAAUCUGGACUCUGCUCUUGGUGUAACAAGCCAACGUUUUGAAAACGACGAGAACCCCACCAGUAGCAUUUUCGUGGAUGAUGACCGUAUCCGUGAUAUUGAACUGGACGAUGAUGGUAUCUUCCCAGAAGACUCGGAUGAACAAAAGGUCUCUAAUAUGGACCUAGAAAAGAAACCUCAAGCCCCAAACCUCAGGGAACCAAAUAGCGAAGGACCAUUAACCAUGAGAAAACCGCCGAACCAUAGCAUUGGAAGGAGUUCUGGUAAUUCGCCAGAUCAGUCCAACCAGCACAAAUUGCCAGACAUGAGUAGCGGAUCAGAUAAGGAAAAUCCUCCAGGAGUACUGGUCAAUGGAGUGCACGUCAGUUGCUUACGUCUAGCACGUCGACCUCACAUACCCGUUUCUGAAGCCUUGCUCGAUGCUGCGAGGGAACAGGGACUAGUAAGCAAGGUUCCUCGGGAUUCACAACAUACUCAUCUAAAUGGAGCUAUGAAACGGUCUUCGUCGUUAUUAAGAGAACAGGUAUCCAAACGUCGACGUGUAGGCUUCCUUGAUACUACGGAUGUCAAUAGCAUGAAUGCGAAGAUGCCGACAACCGCUCCAGGAAGGCCAGUGGACCAAGUAACACGGACGAAACCUCCGCAGACCACGCAACCAAAAUCGAAAAACGGUCCUAGGGGGUCCGGGAACCAGGCCCUGAAAUUUCCAGUUGUCAAAAACCCCAACGAUCCUAGCACAAAGUUCCGCCUAAGUCAGCAAACCAAUUCUCAGAAGAGUGAAGGCGGAGAGCCCGUAAAGCAUGUCACAUUUGAGCCAUGGACAACGACAGGAGAAACUAGUGAGGAUUCGACAUUGCAUACGGAAAGGCUAGAGCCUGAUAGUUCGGCUUCGAAUAGCACGAAGGAAAAUGACACGAGAAAACCCCUUGAUAUUGGCUGCAUCCCUCGACCUCAAACACAUUUCUUCAUUUUUGAUGAACCUCCACCCUCAAUGGGCGAAGUUCUGUCAACUAUGGAUAGUCUAGGUCGCCCUAAUGUCAUAUACCAAGAUGCCUUCUACAGCAAUGAGAAAGAUGUACCCCAAAGAGUACGGGAAUACGCCGGCCAGGAGUUUCGUCUCGAAGGCAAUACUCUUCCUUACCUCCCUGACUUCGACCCGACAGGGGAAUCCCCGGUCAAUUAUGGGUUGAAAUCUGAGAUGUCUUAUGAUACUGAUAGAGAUGAGCGCGUUUAUAACAAAUUACGUCAGGAAUGUUCGUUGAGGAGUUGGGAAAUUGCGGAACCUCCACCUAGCUUUGAUGAAGUACAAAGUUGGUGGACAAAAAUUCGGAGUACAGUGGAUGACUCGCAAGAGCCCAGAAUGAAGAUCCGUGACCCCGAACUCAAGCCAUACAUGUCCCAAAUCGAUGGUCCGACUCCAAAAAAUACGCAUGGAUUCAAAUACUCCCAGAAGAAGAAAUCGACGAGUGUCAAGCAUGAAGCGCAGUAUAUGAGCACGAUGAGUUUGGAGAUACAUGUUAACACCCGGGGCAAGCUAUUUCCUAACCCGGAAGAGGACGAGGUUCAAUGCAUUUUCUGGUGUUCUAAGUCAGAUGAGAACUUUGCCACAGGCGAUAGUGCAUCGCUCUCAGUACAGUCUGGCAUUAUUGUACUCUCUGAAGAUGGAUUACUAGCGCGAAGAUUGCAGAAAGAGAGCCCGAUCCGGACUGAGAUCAUUGAAGAGACGUCGGAACUCGACUUAAUGGUUAGGAUGGUCGAGAUUGUCAGGACGCAUGAUCCAGAUAUUCUUACAGGAUACGAGGUUCAUGGCAGUUCAUGGGGAUACCUGAUCGAGCGAGCAAGAUUGAAAUACGAUUAUAAUCUGUGUGAUGAGUUUUCACGAAUGAAGAGCCAGUCGUUUGGGCGUUUCGGAAAGGAGGCUGAUCGAUGGGGCUUCAACACCACUUCCACGAUUCGAGUCACGGGCAGACACAUGAUUAAUAUCUGGCGAGCUAUGCGAUCGGAGCUUAAUCUACUUCAGUACACAAUGGAGAAUGUCGUUUGGCAUUUAUUGCACCGACGGAUUCCACAUUACCCCUGGCAUACGUUGACGGAAUGGUACGUUGGGGGCAAGCACCGGGACCUGAGCAAGCUCCUUCGAUACUGCUUGACCCGGACGAAACUCGACAUAGAGAUACUCGAGGCGAAUGAACUUAUCCCACGAACGAGUGAACAGGCACGACUUUUGGGCGUGGACUUUUUCUCUGUCUUCUCUCGAGGAUCUCAGUUCAAGGUCGAGUCAAUCAUGUUCAGGAUUGCGAAGCCGGAGAACUUCGUAUUAGUGUCUCCAGAUAGGAAACAAGUUGGAGCACAGAAUGCGCUUGAAUGCUUGCCUCUUGUCAUGGAGCCCCAAAGCGCGUUUUACAACAGUCCGUUGAUAGUUCUUGACUUCCAGAGUCUUUACCCUAGCGUCAUGAUCGCCUAUAAUUACUGCUACUCGACAUUUCUCGGCCGAAUCGUCAAUUGGCGAGGCACGAACAAGAUGGGCUUCACGGAUUAUCAGCGGCAGCAAGGACUUUUGGAGCUUCUCAAAGACUACAUCAACAUAUCGCCUAAUGGUAUGAUGUACUGUAAACCAGAGAUUAGAAAGUCAUUACUCGCAAAGAUGCUGACGGAAAUCCUGGAAACACGAGUGAUGGUAAAGAGCGGAAUGAAACAAGAUAAAAACGACAAAACUUUGCAGCAGCUCCUAAACAAUCGGCAGCUCGCCUUAAAGCUACUAGCAAAUGUUACGUAUGGAUACACGUCCGCGUCCUUUUCGGGCCGCAUGCCUUGCUCUGAAAUCGCGGACAGUAUUGUGCAAACUGGGCGCGAGACUCUUGAGAGAGCGAUAGCCCUCAUCCAUUCAGUAGAUAAGUGGAAAGCAGAAGUUGUCUACGGCGAUACCGACAGUUUGUUUAUCUAUCUGCCAGGCAGGACCAAAGACCAAGCUUUCGACAUCGGUAAUGAGAUUUCUAAAGCCAUCACCGAUAUGAAUCCUCGGCCAAUAAAGCUCAAGUUUGAGAAAGUCUAUCACCCGUGUGUGCUACUCGCAAAGAAGCGCUACGUCGGUUACAAGUACGAGAGCAAGGACCAAAUAAAACCCGACUUUGACGCCAAGGGUAUUGAGACGGUCAGGAGGGACGGGACGCCGGCGGAGCAGAUGAUAGAGGAGAAGGCGCUUAAACUCCUCUUCGAGACCGCCGAUCUCAGCCAAGUUAAAUCGUAUUUCCAAAAGCAAUGCGAGAAGAUCAUGCGCGGGGCCGUCUCGAUGCAAGAUUUCUGCUUCGCAAGGGAAGUCAGGCUAGGUACUUACAGCGACCGAGGCCCACCCCCACCCGGCGCCCUGAUCAGCACGAAGAAAAUGCUCGAAGACGCCCGGGCUGAACCGCAGUACGGCGAACGCGUGCCGUACGUAGUCGUCUCGGGAGCGCCCGGAGCGCGGCUCAUCGAUAGGUGCGUGGCGCCCGAGGAGCUGCUGAGCAACUCGCACCUGCAGUUGGACGCGGAGUACUACAUCUCGAAGAACCUGAUCCCGCCGCUGGAGCGCAUCUUCAACCUGAUGGGCGCCAACGUGCGGCAGUGGUACGACGAGAUGCCCAAGGUGCAGCGGAUCCGCCGCGUCGACCCCGCGGGGAAGAACCCCGCGGCGAAGAAGACGCUCGAGUCGUACAUGAGGGCCGCCGCGUGCGUCGUCUGCGGGUCGCGGACGAACAGGCGCGGCGAGGGGUCCUCGGCGUGCGCGAGGUGUCGCCGCAACGCGCCGGCUUCGCUGAUCAAGCUGCAGAUGCAGCUUAAUGCCGAGAUGAGGAAGCUGGCGGACGUGAAUAAGAUAUGCCAGAGCUGCGCGGGGCUGGCGCCGCUGGAUGAGGUGCUGUGCGAUAGCAAGGAUUGUCCCGUGUUUUAUACACGGAUGAAGCAGGAGGCUAGGUAUAGGACGGAGCGGAGCGUGGUUGAGCCGGCUGUGAAGCAGCUCUUAGAUGGGGAGGUUGAGAGGGAGGAGUUAGGGUGGUAGGGAAAGGUUGUCUAUGAAUUGAAGAUGCAUUCAUCCAGACUCUAUUAUGAGGGUAUAGCAUGGCAUUGCAUGGAGUUCAGAAUAAGGACUACGAUGGAUACUACGAUAGGAGUUAAGGAGCUGAGCAUACAGAGUUCCAUUUCUUCGUCCUCACACUCUUGGGGUUUUCCUAUCUGAACAAGUUUAAUGAUUAAGAGACAUGAAUUAAUAAGGCUAUAAACAUAUAAAUUGCUAAGAUGGUCUGCUUUAUUACUUGUGAGAGUCUGGGUCGUA